UAUCUGUGAUAUUCAGCUAUGCAUUCCAAACUUGACACGAGUACAGGUAGUAUGAGGACAUCACUGCUGAAAAAUGUCUUCUCCUACGACAAUCUGGUCCAUGCAGUUUCAGGCGCUGCGGGCAGUGUGGUUGCUAUGGUGGUUUUCUACCCAUUAGAUACAGCAAGAACAAGGCUACAGAUUGAUGAUCACCGGAAAGCCAAGCAUACCCCUGUUGUAAUGGCAGAGAUAGCGAAGGAGGAAGGGGUGUUGUCGCUGUACAGAGGUUUGAUACCAGUGCUGACGUCGCUAUGCUGUUCCAAUUUUGUCUACUUCUACACAUAUAAUGGACUAAAGGCCAUAUUUUUAGGUCACACAGGAAAGCCUGAUGCUCUUAAAGACCUUACAUUUGCAUUUAUGGCAGGUGUGAUCAAUGUUUUAGUGACAACACCAUUAUGGGUGGUCAACACCAGACUAAAGUUACAGGGAAUCAAGUUUCAAACAGAAAAGUAUCGAGAGAAAAAGAUGCCAAAAUACAAAGGAAUCUUAGAUGCUCUGCUUAAGAUCGCUAAGAUGGAAGGAAUUGGUACAUUAUGGAAUGGCACUCUUCCAGCAUUUGCCUUGGCUUCCAAUCCAUCGAUACAGUUUAUGGUCUACGAGAUGGUGAAACGUUACUUCCAGAAACUACUGGUCACCAAGGACCUCAGCGGGCUUCUGUACUUUGUCAUUGGUGCCAUCGCAAAGGCAACUGCUACCAUCAUAACGUACCCUCUUCAAGUUGUACAAUCACGUCUCCGGGCUGGGUACAACAAAGAAGAAAGGUCUGGAAGUAUACUGAGCUGUUUGAAAGAGCUGUUAAGGCAACAAGGUGCAAAGGGUCUUUACAAAGGGAUGGAGGCCAAGCUUUUACAAACUGUUCUCACAGCAGCCCUCAUGUUCAUGGUCUAUGAAAAAAUAGCAGCGACUAUAUUCAGGAUUAUGGGCUACAAUCAGCAACAGCCUUCUAUAUGACUGCAAUGAUAUGAAAUUAGAAUUAAAUUAUGUAGUUAGAAUACAUUUUUUACAGAAUGAAGUGGAGUACAAAAGUCGAUAUGAACUGAGAUAAAUGUCAGUAGAAUUCUUCAGUUGUUGUUACAAGUGUGACUGAAUCUGGACCUCUAGCUCAGUAUAGAGUGAUAUUUUCCACACAGGUGCUAAAUAUGGUUUCUGAAGAGAAAAAAGGGAAUUUUUUUUUUUUUUUUUGCGUGACAUCAAUGUGAUUGCCAAAAUUUGAUUCGUUAAGUGAUAAAAGGCAUGUAAGUAUCAAUUCUUGACAUAUUGAUAUCAUCACUACAUAUGUAUUGUACUUGGCCGUAGCCACAAUUACAAUUGUUUUUAACUUGAUUUAAUGCAAUACAGACCUUAUAUAAUUUACUCACUCCUAAAUGAUGAGUGCUGUUGUCAUAAAAAAACCAAUAACAUAUAUAUGUGUAACUAAUUUACUGUCGAAUAUACUCAAAUAGAGUACCAGGUAUUAUUUAUAACUUAGCUUAAAAUAUGUGAAUCAUUAUUAGAUUAAGCAGAUUAUACUAUGAACAAUGUUAUGUGAUCAGUUUGUGUUCAGGAAGUGCUUUUGUUAUACAUUUAUAUAUAAAUGGAAAC